CAAGCAGCGUCGCUCGGUUAGUAAAGCGCGGUUUGGCGUUCGGUUGAGACCUCUGCUAACGCAUCUUCAGCUCGGAGUCGCUCGAUCGCCAUGUCCAAGUACACGAAGCUGGUCCGCGGCAUUUGCGAUCUGCUGUUGUGGGUCGCCCUGGUGGGCGGCAUCGUGGCGCUGGUGAAGCUGGUGAAGCCCUUCAAGCGCGGCUUCUUCUGCGGCGAUGAGUCACUGGGCUAUCCCCUGAAGGAGGCCACGAUUGGGGUGGCCUUGCUCAUCGCCGUGGCUCUGGCCGUGCCCACGUGCGUGAUCAUCGUUGUGGAGCUGUUCAAGCAGCUGCCGGGCCGGGAGGCGGGCGCCCGGGAGAAGCGCGACGGCUGCCGACUGCUGCACCGCAUGGGGCAGCUGUACAAGCAGGCUGGCUACUAUCUCUUCGGCCUGGCCAUGCUGGCGUUCACCACGCUGCUCAGCAAGCUGUGCAUCGGGCGCCUGCGACCGCACUUUUACGCCGUCUGCCAGCCGGUGCUGCCCGACGGCUCCAGCUGCAGCGACGCCCAGAACGUGGGGCGCUACAUCGACAGUUACACCUGCAGCAAUCCCAACAUGACGGACUUUCACUUUGAUCAGCUGAAUCAGUCGUUCCCCAGCGCCCACGCCAGCCUCAUGAUGUACUCGAUGCUCUACCUGGCAAUCUACCUGCAGGCGGCGCUCAGCACGCGCAUCUCCAAGCUGAUGAAGCACCUGCUGCAGUUCCUCUUCGUGAUGUUCGGCUGGUACGUGUCGCUGACCAGGAUCACCGACUACUGGCACCACUGGUCCGACGUGCUGGCCGGCGCCCUGUUCGGCGUGCUAUUCGCCUGGCUGACCAGCGUCUAUGUGGCCGAUCUGUUUGCGUUCAAGCGCUGGGGUCGCGCUGGCUACUCGGCCAACACGCUGAGGAAGGGCCAGGUGUCGCCCAAGAGCUCCACCAAGUCGCAGUCGAAUGCCGCCGCAGUGGCCGCUGCUGCUGCUGUGCCGCCAGCUCUGCCCGCCUACACCUUUGGCACGCUGCCCUACCUGGCGGCGCAUCCUGCCCAAGCGCAAUAUGCCCAGCCGUACCACAACUACGGAUACGUGCCCUAAUCCCAAUCAGCAUCUGCGGCAUCGCAAGCGAGGCAGGUGCUCCACGAACCCAUUUGUGCCUCCCAGCCGAACCAGUAGAAGCAGUAGAAGCAAUAGAAGUAGAAGUAGAAGAAUAGUCUCUCACAAAUCUGUUUUGUUUUUUAUAUUUAGCAUAAUAAAAUUCGAUAUUAAUAGCAUAA